ACUAAAUCGAGAGUUGGAACUUUCGGUAAAAAGAGGAAGAGAAGGGACGAGGAAACUGGCACGGCACAUGGCGAGCUCUCUUUCUCUCUCUCUCCUCUUUGCUCCAGUCCACUAAUAAAAAGGGUAAACAAAUUACACACACAAACUAACCCAUAACCGCCCUCCUCCUCAGCCGUCGCCGCCGGAGACACUCACUAUUUUAGUACAUCCCUUUUUAUUUCCUGUCCUCUAUCCCUCUCCAUAUAUCCGCCCCCCAAAUUCCCCCCCUUCGUUAUGGACAUUCGCCGGAGGCCUCCCAAGCCAUCAUCCUUGCGCACGCCGCCGCCCUUGUUCCCUCACCCGCCGCCUUCUCCUCCUCCGGCCUCCGGCGCUGCCUCGUCCGUACACUCGCCGAAAGCCUCCGACGCCCUGCCCCUCCCCCUGUACCUAACCAACGGCGUCUUCUUCACGCUCUUCUUCUCCGUCGCCUACUUCCUCCUCCACCGUUGGCGCGAGAAGAUCCGGGCAUCCGUGCCCCUCCACGUCCUCACCCUCUCCGAGCUCGCCGCCAUUAUCACCCUAAUUGCCUCCUUCAUCUACCUCCUAGGGUUCUUCGGGAUCGAUUUCGUCCAGUCCUUCGUCUCCAGAUCUGAGGGCGAAGACGAGACCCAUCCGCGAUUUGAAGUCCACGAGGACCGUUACAUCCACUGCGCGAUGCCGACCUCAGCCGCCGCCAAGCCCACGCACAUGGAUCUCCCGAAGGACGACGAGGACCUCGUCAAUCUGGUCGUCUCCGGCGAGGUCCCUUCAUAUUCUCUCGAAUCAAGGCUUGGGGACUGCUUCAAGGCGGCCCGCAUCCGGCGGGAGGCGGUGCAGAGGCUGACGGGGAUGUCCAUGGAGGGGUUGCCUCUGGAAGGGUUUGAUUACGAGUCGAUUUUGGGGCAGUGCUGUGAGAUGCCAGUGGGCUACGUGCAGAUCCCGGUGGGGAUUGCAGGCCCGCUGCUGCUGAACGGGUGUGAGUACUCGGUGCCCAUGGCCACCACGGAAGGGUGCCUGGUGGCUAGCACGAACAGGGGCUGCAAGGCAAUCUAUGCCUCUGGUGGGGCCACGUGUGUGCUUUUGCGAGAUGGGAUGACACGAGCUCCUGUGGUGAGGUUCUCCUCGGCCAAGAGAGCAGCAGAAUUGAAGUUCUUCUUGGAGGAUCCUCUGAAUUUCGACACCUUGUCGGUUGUUUUCAACAAGUCAAGUAGAUUUGCAAGACUGCAAAGUGUUCAAUGUGCAGUUGCAGGCAAGAACCUAUACAUCAGAUUCAGUUGCGGCACAGGUGAUGCCAUGGGCAUGAACAUGGUUUCCAAAGGUGUCCAAAAUGUUUUAGAUUUCCUCCAGAACGAUUUCCCUGAUAUGGAUGUAAUCGGCAUUUCAGGGAAUUUCUGUUCAGACAAAAAACCAGCUGCCGUCAACUGGAUUGAGGGCCGUGGAAAGUCUGUCGUGUGCGAAGCCAUUAUAUCUGGUGAUGUCGUCACUAAGGUUUUGAAAACCACUGUUCCAGCUCUCGUUGAGCUUAACAUGCUCAAGAACCUUACGGGGUCUGCCAUAGCCGGGGCCCUUGGUGGAUUCAAUGCGCAUGCAGCCAACAUAGUCUCUGCAAUUUUCAUAGCCACAGGGCAAGAUCCAGCUCAAAACAUUGAAAGCUCUCACUGUAUAACCAUGAUGGAGGCUGUCAAUGGCGGCAAGGACCUUCACGUCUCUGUCACCAUGCCUUCCAUUGAGGUUGGCACAGUUGGAGGUGGUACCCAGUUGGCAUCACAAUCUGCUUGCCUAAAUCUGCUCGGUGUAAAAGGUGCAAACAAAGAGUCACCAGGUUCAAACUCACAGCUCCUGGCUACCAUUGUUGCCGGGUCAGUAUUGGCUGGCGAGCUCUCUCUUAUGUCAGCCAUUGCAGCCGGUCAGCUUGUCAAGAGCCACAUGAAGUACAACCGCUCGAGCAGGGACAUCACAAAAAUCGGCUCCUAAAUUAGAAAUGGGGCCGUGCAUGUGAAAGUUUGUAGAAAUGGGGCAAAACUUAAUCUGAAUUCAGCUUUCCCCAUCUAGGGCUGGAGUGUUUUGUACCUGCAGUUUUUAUUUUUAUGGUAAUUUUUUUUAGGUGAUGAAGGUUUUGUCGUUAGGGGUUAUGGUGGUGAAGGUUAUUGUGUGUGCAAAGGUUUGUUUAAAUUGUUGGUAAUUGUGGAGUGUGUUCUCACUUGGUUGAUUUAUGUACAGGAUAAGAAAUUUCUUCAGUUGGUUGCAUGUACGGUUGUUGUUCAGUUUCUGGAUGAAUUUGAAGUUUGGUUAUAGGCUUGCUCAGAUUUUGAUUUUGAAUUACGCUGUAUGUAUUAUGGAGUACGUGUAUUCUGUAAGAAGUUGGAAUUAUCUCAGAAACUUUGAUGAUAGUUAAAGCAAAAUAAGGUUUUGCUCACCAUUUU